AUGGACGGUUGCCAAUUCUCUCUGCUCCUUCUGUUGUUCGUCAACGUCGAUCUUCUGCAGGGACAAGUGGAGAGAGGUUGCGCAGGCAGGUCUAGGGCUGACCCCUUCAAGCCCACGUGCAGGAAAGGCGAGAAGUGCAUUGAACUGGGAGUGAAGAACUUUACCGUUUACGUGGAGGACCAUUGCGUAAGUGAAAUGUCGCCCAUUUCUGUGCGAUUUCCUGUUUCCACCCGCAUGCACAUUCGCCGCUCUUAUUCCACCAACCCUAUUUUCAGGACUAUGCGCCCCCGUACGAUUACAUGAGCGUUGUAUCGAGUGAGUUGUGUGUUGCACGGUUUAUGUACAAAUUUAGGAUACGAAGGCGGACAAUUGUACAAGUAUGAUAAGGUUCAGCGAAAAACGGGCAAACGCGCGUAAGAGUUUGUCAACUUCUUUGUUUCGUUCCUGUUUCUAAGCUAACAAAAAAAUUUUAGGAACAUACCACCUCUCAGUUGGUCUUCCCGCCACCAGAUCCCAUCCGACCAUGAUCCGCAGUUCUUCGCGCAGCUGUUCACGAACAGCGUCGAGAUUGUCUCAAUGGGGUAAGUCCGAAAAAAACCGGAGCUUAACGACCUGCGUGGGUGGGUACAACCUAAAUCAUUACUGAUAUCCCUAACUUUUUAGCAGAAAACUCGUUAGAUGGAUGUAUAGAGACGUUCAUCGCAUCCAAACGGAACUGACUUCUCCGUUGUCCCUUGACCAAGUGCAGCGCGCCUUUGUCUACAAGGAGUACCUGUUCCUCAGUCCGAAGAAAGCCGUCGACUUUAGACUUCUCUACGAGAGGACGGGGCCCUUUGAUGGCGAUAUAAACAGACCAGGACUACUUCGGGAGAAAGAUGUUGGUCUGAUCGACACCUCGAGCAUCCCCAACGAACACAUUGACAGGGAUUUCCUUGCCCUGAUUCGCAAGAAAUGCUUUGUAAGUUUUGGAAAUCUAAUAAACACUACUAAAAUGCGAAAAAAGAGGCAAAGUGCACUGUGCGCCGCGACAAAAAGUCUACGAACUUUGUGAUAGUCCUACGCGAGCGACUCCGUUGACAAUGGAAAAAUAUUUUUCUCGAAUUAUUUUAUUUCCUUUGUCAAUUGUGACACUUCGUUCGGACGAAACUCAAAAAUGGGCGGGAGAUUUUUUUGUUCUAUUUCGGGUUUCCGUGUGCAGCGGCGAUGAAAGGCGGAAAAAAGUGUACGCAUUUUAUAAAAAUUCUUGCCGCUGGAGCCUGCCUGUAUUUUCGUAUUUAAGAACCCUGGUAAGUACUGUUCGUUGGAUAUCAAGACGGAAUCCUUGGACCUGCAAGAUUACCCAGUGGCCUUCACCUACGAUGAUCUGGUUCUGGAGUCCACUUGGUUUCAGUAAGUUUACCUGCUCAUUUGUUAUGCCCACCUCUAGAAGAAAGUGCGAAAUGCUUCCGAUGUACCGUAUUCGGCACAAGAAAACGGCUCCGAAGUAAGUGGAAUAUUGAGUAGGUUGAUUUGGAACUUUUAGCGUGAUUUUCGACUUCCCCAAUAUUGAGACCCUCGUAACGCAUGGAGAAAUCCUUAACUGGACGUAUUUAAUAUCACGCACGUAAGUCUUUGAUGCCCUUGGAGUAAUUCCCUUGAAAUUCUUUUUUGAAGAGAAACACUUUCCGUGUAAACCUUUUCUUUUUUUUUAGGGAGUCUAAAAUGUAUAACUACACAAGACGUGGUCUCCUGCCUAUUAUCCAGCCGAACGAUCCCUUCUACAAUUUGGUCAAACAGUUCACAACUCCCGCCCCAACGACUACACCUCGCCCACCACCAGCCACCACCACUCUGAAGCCCGUCCCGGCCGGUCCCGCCCCAAAAUUCCUUGAAAUUGAGGAGGACACGGGGGAAUUUGAGAGCGACAGCGUGAUCCAACCCCCAAUCUCGAAGAAUGGACCGGCGAUCUCGCGUCUUCCCGUCGUCUAUUACAUGUUUGGCUAUAUCACUGUUCACUUGCAGGUUUACAUUAUGUAA